CUUCAUUGUUCUUGUUCAACCUCAUUCGAUACCACAAACAUAGAUCUCGCCAUGGUUCGCUUUGCUGUCAUCUGCGCCUCGAACCAGAACCGCAGCAUGGAGGCGCACAACGUCCUGCUGAAAAACGGUUUCACGGUAUCAUCAUACGGCAUAGGAACCAGGGUCCGUUUGCCAGGACCGACCAUUGACAAACCCAACAUUUACAACUUUGGGACACCCUACAAUGAUGUCUAUCAGGAACUCAAGGGCAAGGACACGCAAUUAUACCAAUCAAAUGGAUUGCUGCUUAUGCUGGACAGGAAUCGUAAGAUUAAGAACUCACCGGAACGGUUCCAGGAGAGCAGAGAGGAGUUUGAUGUCAUCAUCACCUGUGAAGAACGCUGCUUCGACGCCGUAUGUGAAGAUCUCAUUCAGCGAGGCGAAUCGCACAAUAAUCCGGUGCAUGUGAUCAACGUCGAGAUCAAGGAUAAUUACGAGGAGGCCAUGGUCGGUGGACGGAUGAUUCUAAAUCUCGCCAAGGAUAUCGAGCAAAGCAAGGAUUUUGAUCAUGAGGUUCAGCCGAUCCUGGAUAGGUUCCAGCAGCGCUAUCCGAGUACAUCCGUCCUGCAUUCCGUCUCAUUCUUCUGAUGCACUCGUCUUUUUCUACCCUGUACAUUUCUUUUCUUCUAAAAUUAAUAAAGCUCAUCAGAUAUCACAGCGAACAAGAGUUGAUGGGUGUUAUUAGAU